AAGGAACCAAGGGAAAAAAAAAACCCUAAGUUCUACAAAUCUGCAAGAUUGAAAGGGAAAUCAAGGCUAAAUAACCUGCAUGAACUCGAUUCUCUAGUAAUCUAAGCUUGUCCUACAAAGAGGCGUUAAGGAAGAAAGUUCGAGUCAAGUGAAGCAACAAGGGGAUCAAGACCGAGAUGACGGAUACGAAUGAGGAUGAAGCGACACGACAAGAACAGCUGAAAACUAUGAUCUCGGAAGAGAUUGGAAGGGCAAUGCAAGCAAGUAUUCCUCAUUUAGCCCAAGAAGUGGAAGGUCAUGUGCUAGAAGUGGUAGAAUCCAUGAUGGAGAGUAAGAUAGACGAGUUAAAAGGAAUGAUUAACGCAAUGCAAGAAAGGAAAGGAACUUGCAAGUGCACUUACAAAGAAUUUAUGGCGUGCAACCCGUUACCAUUCAAAGGAGAAAUUGAUCCUAUAAUAUGUCAAAGGUGGAUUGCAAGUACGGAAGCGGUGUUCAUAAGGAGUCAUUGUGAAAAGGAGGAUCAAGUGAUGUUCGCCACCGGUUUGCUACAACUCCGAGCUAAGGAUUGGUGGGAUGUUUAUAGUAAAGAGCUUGGGGAAGAAAAAGUUCAAGUCUUGACAUGGCAAGAGUUCAAGGAACCUUUUCUGAAGCACCACUGUCCACAAUCUGCCAUCGACAAGAUCCAAGAAGAUUUCUUACAUCUUCGUCAGAAAGAUGAAACCAUUGAUGAAAUCACCAACGUUUUCCUUGACAAGCUGAAGUUCUGUAACGAGAUAGCAGGAACGGAGAGAAUGAAGAUAAACCGUUAUUACGGUAUGUUGAAGGAUGAAUAUCGGGAGUUCAUAAUUCCCGCUAAAUGUGAAACUUUGAAUGAGCUCAUUGAACUGGCCCGAGAUAGGGAGAUUGAAAUAAGAAGACAGGCGAAAAGAGGCGAAAAGAGAGUAUCUGAAAAUGUUUCCAGCUCGAGCCCUUCAAAGAAACCAAAAUUUCAAGAUCAAGGCAAGAAGGAUAAGGCGAAGGGUAGUAUUCCGAAAUGCAAAACGUGCGGGAAGUUACACACGGGGGAAUGUUUGAAAGGGAAGAAGGGUUGUUACAAUUGUGGUCAAGAGGGACACCCAUACUAUAGGUGUCCUAAUCCUUCAAGAACGUGUUACAACUGUUUCCAACCGGGUCAUAUUAAGGCUGAGUGUCCCAAGCUUCAACAGAAGGCUGAUAAGGAGGCAAGAAAGGAGGAAGCCCCAAGAGCUAAGGGGAGGAUGUUUCAGAUCACAACCGAGGAAGCGAAGGACCACCCGAAUGUUGUAUCAGGCGUUAAGGAAGAAAGUUCGAGUCAAGUGAAGCAACAAGGGGAUCAAGACCGAGGUAAAUCUCAUGUCUAGUUAUCAAGCUUUGCCCGGAUCGAACACAUCUCAAGCCCGUCAAGCGCUCCGCAUUUUGUAUAAAGUCAAUGUCAAUUACCUAGUUACUUAUGUCUAUGUUUUGUACUUAAAACUAGUUUGGUCAUGGUUGUCUUUUGAAGGUUGUCGUAAGUGCGUACAUAAACUUAAUGGUUUCGAAACUAAAAAUAGGUCAUUUUUGUUGUGUAUGUCAUGUCUUUUGAAUGUUUGCGUACCGUUUGAAUGAAAUUUGGUUAUGAAAAACAGGGUACCUUCCGUUUACAAACGGGU